UGUACUUUAAAAGAAUCAUUUGAAGCCCACUAUAACUAUUAGAAAAGCUCAGUUUAUCUACCGAAAUGUCGAUGAAGCUAAUAACAGUGGAUGAUUUUGAACAGUAUGCAAAACAAUUUCUCCAAAAAUCAGUAUAUGAUUAUUAUCGAUCGGGUGCGGGAGAUCAGCAGACCCUGGCAGACAAUGUUGCUGCGUUUUCAAGGUGGAGGUUUUAUCCUCGUGUUCUAAGAGAUGUUUCCAUAACUGAUCUAUCAACAACAAUCUUAGGGCAAAGAGUCAGCAUGCCAAUAUGUGUUGGGGCAACUGCAAUGCAACGUAUGGCUCAUCCUGACGGGGAAACAGCAACUGUGAGGGCCUGCAAAUCUCUUGAUGUUGGUAUGAUGUUGAGUUCUUGGGCCACAUCAUCAAUCGAGGAGGUUGCAGAAGCUGCACCUGAAAGUCUACGUUGGAUGCAACUUUACAUUUACAAAGACCGCAAUCUUACACGGUCACUCGUACAACGAGCUGAGAGAUCAGGCUAUAAAGGAAUAUUUUUAACCGUUGAUACACCUUACCUGGGCAGACGUCUUGCUGAUGUACGGAACAAAUUUCAACUACCCCCUCAUCUACGGAUGAAAAACUUUGAUACUGAAGAGCUGGCCUUUUCAUCAAAGGAGGGUUAUGGAGAAGAUAGUGGUCUAGCGGUGUAUGUAGCACAAGCUAUUGAUGCUUCAAUUAAAUGGGAUGACAUUGAAUGGCUUAAAGGAAUAACCUCUCUACCAAUUGUUCUCAAAGGAAUUCUACGAGCUGAUGAUGCCAAGAAAGCAGUUAAAUGUGGCGUUAGUGGUAUUUUAGUGUCUAAUCAUGGAGCCCGUCAAUUGGAUGGCGUUCCAGCUACAAUUGACAUACUGCCAGAAAUCGUAGAAGCAGUAGAUGGGAAAGUAGAAGUCUACCUAGAUGGCGGUAUAAGGAAAGGAACGGAUGUCCUGAAAGCCUUGGCCCUCGGGGCCCGAGCAGUAUUUGUUGGAAGACCUGCUAUUUGGGGCUUGGCAUAUCAAGGAGAAGAAGGAGUAAAACAGGUUCUAAAUAUAUUAAUGGAGGAACUGAAAUUGUCCAUGUCACUAACAGGUUGUUGCAACAUUCAAGAAAUAAAGAGAUGCCUAGUGCGGGAAAAUCGAUUUUCUUCUAAAAUAUAGUAAAUUCGAUUUAACAUGCAAAUAGUUAUUCAUUGUUAAAAAUUGUCACUUGUGCAUUGCAUCGACACGGUUCUAUCAUAUCUGUACUUACAGAGUUAUUCACUAACAUUUCAAUUCAAAAUGAAUUCAGAGUGAAUUGCGAAUUUACAUUCAAAGCAGCAAAAUUGGAAAAAUCAGCUAUGCUUCCCAUUCAACUACUCUGGCUUUAAAUUUGAAAUUCACUUUGAAUUAACCUUGAAUUCUAAUUUUAGUAAGUAACGCAUUAAGAAUGACAUUGUUUCAUGUACUGUAUUUGACUUAAAGGUUCUCACUGUUUACAUUGUAAGCGCAAUCAAGACAAUCUUCGUUUUACUUCAUGUGAUAUUUCUUUGAUACACAAGACCAAGCACAGCAGCGCAUGGAAUGAUGUGAUCUUAAAGGGACAUGCUAGGCACCAAAACCACUCCUGCGUGCAUGCUCAAACCAUUAAUUAACUGUUUUACACUUUCAAUGCUAGAAAAACAGACUAAGUGUCCACAAUGCUUUCACAUGUUACCAACAGAGGACAUCCAUGGGCUCCCAGCACCAUAACCACUACAGUGCACCGUAAUGGUUAUGAUGCCUAGAAUGUUUCUUUAAAAGGCCUUAGGCAAGAAACCAACCUAAGUGCAUUUUAUAUGUUUUAGUCUUAUAUACAUGCUGUUUUCUUUCCUUUUCAAAUCUCGUUAGUUUAGCAAAUUGAAUGUUUUAGAGCUUUCUGUCACAUGAUCCAGCCCUCUUAGCCAUCCCUUCUGUUCAUAAAGCAACUUCCUUAUUAGGUGCACUUUUAGUAGCCAAUGUUUAGCUAAACUGCUGGCAUGACUCUGCCCCACUGUCAAACACUGUCUGCUUAUUAUCUGCCCCCUUUGCACAUCUUUAAGUAGAUAAUAGGAGGUA